AUGGCAGGUGCAUGCUGCAGAGCAGCACCACCCAUUUCCCAUCUUCCAUUGCCACAGACCAAAGCAUCACCUCCACCAUCCUUUUCCAUAUCUCAACUUCCAAGCAGACGCUUGUUCCUUUUCUCUCUUCCCCUCUCUAGUUCCCUUUUCCUCCCUUUUCCUGCAUUUGGUGAAGAUAACAGUGUAAUUAGCACAGAGUAUGAUCCAGUAACCCGUUCUGAAAGAGAUGCCAGUGCUUUAAUCUCACAAAGAAUUUCUAAGGGUGUUGAGUUGUUGGAAAAAGGUAGAGAGUUGCAAGCUCUCGGUGACUUCAAUGGCGCUCUUGAUUACUUUUCUCAGGUGAUUGAAAGCUACAAAGACUUGGCAUUCUCAGAGUAUGCAAGGGUAGGGAGAGCACUGGCCCUAUAUGAAGUUGGUGACAGAGAAGAAGCAAUUGCCGAGAUGGAAGACGUUUCAAUAUCACUAAAGGGCUAUCCAGAAGUACAUGCAGCUCUUGCAGCGGCGUUAUACUCGGAUAAGCAUGCGGCAUUGCUUGCUGAAAACCAGUUUACAAUUGCAACUCUUCUUGAUCCUCACUUUACAGAUCUUUCAUAUGUUAGAGACACAAAGCACUGGCCUCCAAGUUUGAUUAGUUCUCUGCACCAUUUCAUUACACUAUCUUAA